AUGGAGUUGGUGGAUCUUCCUACUAUAGGAGGCAAGCUUACUUGGAUUAGGGGCAAUGGUAAAUGCAUGAGUAGGAUUGAUAGAUUCCUCCUAUCGGAUUGUUUUAUUGAAAAUUGGAAGGUGGAGGGCCAAUAUAUUGGUGAGAGGGAUGUGUCCGAUCAUGCUCCUAUUUGGUUGAAAGACAAUAUAAAGGAUUGGGGACCCAAACCUUUUAAGUUCAACAAUAUGUGGUUCAAACAUGAGGAUUUGGAUACCUUUGUGGAGGAGGAGUGGAAGAAGAUUGCUAUCAAAGGAAGAGGUGAUUAUUGCUUGGUUGAAAAGUUGAAAACUCUCAAAAACCGGUUAACUUGGUGGAACAAGAAUGUCUAUGGGUGGAUAGACCUCAAAAUCAACAAUGAUGGGAAAGAGUUGCAUUCUUUAGAUAAUGUGUUUGUUCAUUUUGCAGGUAAUGUUCCGGAUGAUGUUGUAGUAAAAAGAAUCAAAGUGGCGGAGGACUUUUGGGACAACAUUAAUAAGAGAGAAGGCAUGCUUAGAUUGAAGUCGAGACAACUUUGGCUUUCCGAAGGUGAUGAUAACACUCGUUACUUUCAUAACUCCUUAAAAGAUAGAAGAAGAAGAAGCUCUAUUUGUUCCGUUGCCACUACGGAGGGAAGAUUGGAAGGAGUAGAAGACAUUAAAGAGUUCACUUACAAGCAUUUCGAAAACUCCUUUAAAGAAGAAAUUUCUUUUAGGCCGGAGCUUAGUGGGAUCAAUCUUAACUCUUUAUCGUCGGAAGAAUCAUCGGCCUUAGAGAAAUUCUUUGAGGAAGAUUAA